AUGCAGCGUGCCCAAAUUCUACGUAAGCUUGCCACUCGAGCAGGGGUUCUCAGUCUAUUGACUUCGAGACGCAACGUUUUUCCUGUAACGAGUGCUCAACAAUUCUCUGGCAUUACGCAUCCCCUGACCUUUUCUACUCGUUUUCAUUCAGAGGGACAUGGAGGAGGAGAUGAGGCAACACGCACAGGACAGUAUCUUCUUAACAAGGAUGAUGUUCUGACUCGUGUGCUUGAGGUUAUAAAAAAUUUUGAAAAAGUGGACGCUUCAAAGGUUACCCCGGAGUCUCACUUUAUUAACGAUCUUGGACUUAAUUCUUUGGAUGUCGUUGAAGUUGUCUUUGCCAUUGAACAGGAAUUUAUUUUAGAUAUUCCCGAUCAUGAUGCUGAGAAAAUUCAAUCUGUUCCAGAUGCAGUUGAAUAUAUUUCUCAAAAUCCAAUGGCUAAAUAA